AUGGACGCCGCCCAGCAUGUGUGGAGGGCCAUUGACCGCAGUGGCCGAGCUGUGCACGCUGAAAACGGCAUGGAGACUGCUCAAGGUGACACCCCGGCAGAAACACAUCUGUCAUACGCCAAAAACUUUUAUUCCAGCUUUUAUCAAAAAAGGACCAACUCGAGAAUCCUCAACUCCAUGUCCCUGCUACGCAAAAUCGACCCUGCGCGCCACACCGAGCUUGGCCUCGUGGAGGACCACGUGCACGCGCUAGAGUUCGGCACGCCGCCGCCCAAAAACGUCGCGGAAACCGCCAAACAAACGGCCAGAUUGAUCAACAGUCUGCGGCUGCUCAACCUCGAAAACACGCUCGAGAAAAACUACGGCCGCGACAGCGAGCCGUGUCUCAUGGUGCAGGACCCGGACAUCUGCAACGAGAUCUGGACAGAGCUCAACUUCCUGCGCACAAGCCUCGAGCCGAUCUUGAACGGUCUCCUGUGCAUUUCGGAUAUCCCCUCGUCGGCCAGCGUAGAAAGCUUAUAUGGACAUUAA